AUGGACGAGGACGAGGAUACAGUUAUGGGUGGUUCCCAUAGCCUCUCUGCUUUGACUGCAAAUCCAUCUUUCACACAAGUUCCCCUUCCCACACAUCUGAGCAAUCACCACACCCCCAAUCUUGCUCCUUCCAUCCACCAACCUGGCUCUACAUCCCUAUCACCCGGCUCUGAGCAAUCUCAACCUCGGGAAACCAUUAUCUCCACUGGAAUGGCCCCCCCUGAACGUUUGACCAAGACCAGUGAUGGCAAUAGCUCCGCUGCUGAACAGUUGUCAAAGCGUGAUAGCUUAGUUGAACCUGACUCUGAUUGGUCUGACGACGAGGUCAUGGCUAAGGCGGGUCUUCCACUGGCGUCGCUUGCCACAGGGCUUUGUUAUGAUCAUCGCAUGCGUUACCACUGUGAGGUUCGUCCACAGAGUGACGUCCAUCCAGAGGAUCCAAGACGUAUCUACUACAUCUACAAGGAGCUAUGUCGCGCCGGUCUUGUUGACGACCCAGAAUCGUCUCGACCCUUGGCACCCAAAACCUUGCAACGGAUCCAUGCCCGCAACGCAACCGAGGAGGAAGUAACCCUCAUCCAUAGUGAUGCCCACUAUGCAUUUGUUCAAAGCACGACAGAUAUGCCUAACGAGGUGCUUAUUCAGCUGGAGAAAGAUCGCGAUUCCAUCUAUUUCAACAACCUGACCUUCGAUUCGGCCAUUUUGUCUACUGGAGGUGCAAUCGAGACAUGCUUGGCCGUCGCCCAGCGUCAGGUGAGAAAUGCCAUAGCCGUUAUUCGCCCGCCUGGCCACCAUGCCGAGGAUGACGCUGCGAUGGGAUUCUGUCUCUUUAACAACGUGUGUGUCGCAGCACGCGUUUGUCAAAAUAGACUAGGAGAUGCGUGUCGGAAGAUCAUGAUUCUUGACUGGGAUGUUCACCAUGGCAACGGCAUCCAGAAAGCAUUCUACGAUGACCCUAACGUUCUUUACAUUUCUAUGCAUGUCUAUCAGGAUGGUCGCUUCUACCCUGGAGGCCCUGCGGGAGACUGGGAUCAAUGUGGCUCAGGCGCCGGAGUCGGGAAAAAUGUCAAUAUUCCAUGGCCCGACCAGGGUAUGGGCGAUGGUGACUACAUGUUCGCCUUCCAGGAAGUGGUGAUGCCCAUCGCCCAAGAAUUCGAUCCUGACUUGGUGAUUGUUGCCGCUGGGUUCGAUGCUGCCGCUGGUGAUGUUCUAGGUGGCUGCUUUGUAUCGCCAGCUUGCUAUGCCCAAAUGACCCACAUGCUGAUGACUUUAGCCAAUGGAAAAGUGGCUGUUUGCUUGGAGGGUGGAUACAACUUCAAGUCUAUCUCGAAGUCGGCUUUGGCUGUUACCAAGACCCUUAUGGGGGAACCCCCGGACCGUUUGUUGAGCAGCUCUCCCACUGAUUCUGCGGUUGCAGCAGUCCGCCGGGUGAGGAGUAUCCAAUCCCAGUAUUGGAGUCGUCUGUACCCUAAGACAUCUACUCACCCGGUCUUCGCGGAUCGUCUUCACGAUGUCCUCCGCGUUUACCAGUCAAAUCAACUGUAUGAAAGCUGCAGGCUCACCCCACUGCACAUUUAUCGCACCGCUAUUUCCAAAUCGUUUGACAGACAAGUUCUGGCAAGCCCAAACUAUAAUCAACAUGUGCCGCUUAUUGUCAUCUUCCACGAUCCACCGGAGAUUGUGGGACAGCCUCAUCCUGUGACCAAUAAAUUGGAAGCACACAAUGUAUGGAUGGCUGAUGCGCUCACGGAGUAUGUUAAAUGGAUCGUGGGUAAGGGCUACGCAGUGAUUGAUGUCAAUAUCCCUAAGCACGUAUCUCGGGAAGCAGCCGCCGGUCAAUACAAGGGAGAGGACGAUGACCGCCCGUCUGCCACUGAAGAGCUUGCCGGAUACUUGUGGGACAACUACAUUGAUGCGAAUGAGGCAACCGAAGUUUUCCUGCUCGGCGUUGGCAACGCUUUCUUCGGCGUGGCGAACUUGUUGAUCAACAGAGAAAACCUUUACAAGCGUGUCAACGGUGUGAUCUCCUUUGUGUCUGAGAACCCAGUCCGCGCGAUCGCAUCUAGCACGCAGACAUGGCUAUCGAAGUGGUACCGCGAGAACUCUCUUGUUUUUGUUUCAAAUUCUCACGGUGUUUGGGCUAGCCCAGACCGACGGCCUUCCAAACGCUACGGACAGCUGGUUCAUUCCCCAAAAUCCGAUCUAAAUGAGAUGCUUGAUGAGCACAAGGAGGAAGUGUUCAAGUGGAUAUCCGAGCGUGCAGACCGGGAGGAAUCCGAUGAGAGUUCUUGA